AUGAAUACGCCACUUGAAUGCAGAUGCUACCACAACUGCCCCAAUGGAAAAGUCAACUCCACCUGCCCGGCCCUUGGAAAGUGCUACAUCCAUCUAGAAUCAAUUUCGAACAAAGAACACGAGCUCCGCGCCGGUUGUCUUCCUCCCCACAAAAGCGGCCCGAUUCAAUCCACGCUUGAUGGAAACAUUCCGCUAAAUGCCUCUUUUAUCGAUCAAUGCCACGAAAAUGUGGAUCACAAUGACAUUCCAAAUCAAAAUCUCAAGUUACUCUGCUGCGACCCGUUAAAAGACGGAACACUCUGCAACGACAAACUGAACAUGACCCCCGAAGCGUACGUCAAGCCACCCAUGGCGGCUGAAUUUUCGAUGGCGAUCGUCAUCGUCAUUUCUAUCGGCGCCACUUGCGGAAUCCUCCUCUUCGGGACGCUCUUCCAUCGCUUCUACGAGUCGCGAAAGUUCAAGGCGAAAGCGCAAACGGGCCAAAGCGGCGAUUUCAACUCGACGGAGAGCACUCGUCUUAUGGACACGACCACGGGCUCCGGCAGGGGGACCAGCAAUCUGGCCAGACGAACCAUCGCCAAGGACCUCUCUGUCUCGACACAGGAUGCUAUUGGACAAGGCCGCUUCGGCACAGUCUUCUCUGGCAGCUUCCGCUUCGACAAAGUAGCGAUCAAAUACUUCUUCCCGCAGUGCGAAGAUUCCUUCCAAAACGAGACCGCGAUCUUCCACAAGCCAACAAUCAACCUCCGCGACGAGCACAUCGUCGGCUUCGUCGCCUCAGACAUUUUCCACUCGCCUCAGGGCGAAAUCAAACGCAUCAUCGUGAUGGACCACAUCGCCGGUGGAAGCUUGAGAGAUUAUUUGACGAUUAAUGCGCCGAAAAUUGGCGAAGAACAUUGCUUGAAAAUGUGCGAAAGUUUGGUCAAAGGGGUUUCUUUUCUGCACAUGGAAAUUAAUGGGCAGAAGGGAAAAGAAAGCAUCGCGCACAGGGACUUAUCAAAUACGUCUGUAAUGAUCAAGCCAAAUGGACUCUGCUGCAUCGGCGAUUUCGGCCGUGCGUUUGCUCGUCCGAUCCGCGAAGCCGCCGAAGAAGCCUCCAAGCCCGUCUUUUCUCGAGAACCAACUCUUCUUUACGCCCCGCCAGAGCACUUUCUCACGCGCGAUCCCCUCCGCGGCCAGACUUUUGAAGAAAUGACGGCGGCGGAUGUUUGGUCGAUGGGACUGCUUCUUUGGGAAAUGACCAACGCUGUGGGGAAUCUCGGCGGUUAUUUUCCAGCUUAUUUUUUGGAAACUGGGAUUCCGCAAAAUCGAAAUUUUCAGUUCAUGCAUUCCCUGCACACACAAAAAAUCAUUCCCGCUGAGCCGCAUUUCAACCUUCUGUACAAAAUGACGACCCAGUGCCUUACCUUCCGCUGGCAAGAUCGCAUCACUUCCUACAAAGCCCUCAAAUCGCUCCAAGAACUCUCUUCCUCCUGA